CGAGCGGCCUCCCGCGCAUGCUCUGGAACGAGGCCGUCCGACACGCUUGCUGGCUGAAGAACCGCACCUCAACACGCGCGCUUGGUGGCAAGACUCCUUACGAGGUUCGUUUCGGGCGGAAACCGAACCUUGCUCACCUCCCAGAGUGGGGCACCAAGGUCUUCGUGCACCACAAGCCGAAAUCGAAGCUGGCGCCGCGGGCGCGCGUCGGCUACUGGGUUGGCUUUGGGGAGGAUGAGGGCGCAUUGGACCAGUCCCAGGGACACCGCGUUUAUUGGAAGGACACCAAAUCGGUCACCAUGGAGCGCAGUGUCGCCUUCUCACCAGCCGAGCUUCGGUCUGAGGGGGAGGGAGGUGCUGGCAGCCCUGUGCUCG